UGAUGUGUUAAAAGAAGAUUCAAGUGCUUAAGUUAAUAAAAAUGGAGUUAAAGCAGCCGCCGCCAUUGUCUUUAGUGGGCGACUUGUCCCAAAAUUUUAAACGGUGGGAACAGAGGUUCCUGCUUUAUUUCAAGGCGUCUGGGGCCACAACCAAAUUGGAUAAAGAUAGUCAAAAGGCAUUAUUACUUCACACCAUCGGUGAUGACGCGUUAGAAGUGUACAACACACUCGAGGUAAAGGAAGAUGCGGAUUACAACGAAAUACUAAACAAACUAAGAGAAUAUUGUUCCCCGGUCAAAAAUGAAACCAUGCAGCGUCACCUGUUUUUUAUGAGAGAGAAGAAGGAGUCAGAGUCGGUGGACGAGUUUGUCACAGCCCUUAAAACCUUAAGUGUUGAUUGCAAUUUCGAUAAAAUGAAAGACAGCUUGGUCAAAAGUCAAAUUAUUCGGGGUAUAGGCGACACCAAGCUACAAGAGAAGCUUCUACAGGAGAAGGAUUUGGACCUCCCGAAAUGUAUAAGCAUUUGCAAGGCAUCGGAGAUUGCAGCAGAACAUGUUAAAAAAAUGGCCACUGAAGUUCAAGUACAUGAAGUGAACAAAAUAUCACAAAGGUAUGACAAGCAGAAAAUUGAGAAGUCGUCGUCAUCGUCGUCGUUCCAAGGACAUCGUGACCGUAAUGAUAGAUUCCAGGAUCAGCAGCGACCCAGUCAAAGUAUCAAAAAGCAGUGUCAUCGUUGCGGUUAUCAUCACGGGUUUAAAUGCCCAGCAUUUGGGUAUCGGUGCAAGAAAUGUCAUAGAAUAGGACACUAUGCUAAAAUGUGUCAAACAAGAAGUCAAGUGCAUGGCAUAAAUGAAGAUAGUGAUGACUCAGACAUUGUCAUAGGUGGUUGAUGAAAACUCAAUAGCAGUCUUAGGUUACAAAACAAUAUUUGCACUGAAACUGAUGAAACGUAAGUACUUAAGUCAAAUUAAACUUGAUGUAAACAGUGACUAUGAACAGAUUAUUAAGGACAAUAUUGAUUUGUUUGAUGAGGAAUUAGGUCUAUUAAAAGAUGUAGAAUAUGAGAUAAAGUUAAAGGAUGAUUAUCAGUCAAAAAUUGAACCCUGUAGAGGUGUACCUAUGGCAUUACAUGAGUCGCUCAAAAGAGAACUUGAAAAAAUGGAAAAAUUAAAUGUAAUCAAAAAAAUUUCUGAACCCACAGACUUUGUUAGUAAUAUAGUAAUUGUAAAAAAACCUGAUGGCAAAUUAAGAGUAUGUUUGGAUCCUAGCAACCUCAAUAAUUGUAUAAAAAGAGAACAUUUUAAAUUACCAACUUUUGAAGAGGUAUCGGCUAAAAUGGCUGGUGCUACUGUGUUCAGUAAGUUAGAUGCUUCAACUGCCUUUUAUUUAAUCAAAUUAAGUGAGAAAAGUUCAAAACUGUGCACUUUUGCCACACCAUUUGGUCGAUACUGCUUCUUAAGAUUACCAUAUGGAUUAGCUUCAGCUCCAGAAAUAUUCCAUAGACAUUAUAGUCAAAUAUUUGAACAGGUGUCUGGUUGUGAGGCUUUCAUUGAUGAUUUAAUAGUUUAUGGAAAUAGUAAAGAGGAACAUGACAAACGUUUGUUAGAGGUACUGAAAAUUGCAAAAAAUAAUGGAAUUAAAUUUAAUUUCAAAAAAUGUGAAUUUGGUGUUUCUGAAAUAACUUACUUGGGACAUAUAUUAUCAAAAGACGGCAUCAAACCUGACCAAAAUAAAGUACAGGCCAUAUUAAAUCUUGAAAAACCCAAAAAUGUAGCGGACUUACAACGGGCCCUAGGAAUGA